AUGACGACUUCACAGUCCGGCAAGGGCACCAAGACGGUGUUCACGCUCAACACUGGGGCUAAGAUGCCCGGGGUUGGCCUCGGUACCUGGCAGUCGAAGCCCAACGAAGUCCGAGAAGCAGUCAAACAUGCUCUCAAAGUAGGCUACCGCCACAUUGACACUGCUCUGGCGUACGGCAAUGAAGCCGAAGUCGGCCAAGGGAUCAAGGACUCUGGCGUUCCUCGCAGCGAGAUCUGGCUCACCACGAAACUCGACAACCCAUGGCACAAGCGAGUUCGGGAAGGACUGGAGACGUCGUUGAAGAAUCUGGACACCGAUUAUGUUGACCUGUACUUGAUGCACUGGCCGAGUUCCACGGUGCCCGAAGAUCUGAGCAAGCAUUAUGACGACUGGAACUUUAUCGACACCUGGCGCGAGAUGCAGAAGCUGCUCGAGACAGGCAAGGUCCGAAACAUCGGCGUGUCCAAUUUUGUCAUCUCCAAUCUGGAGAAAUUGCUCAAAGACCCGUCAUGCAAAGUCGUUCCUGCGGUCAACCAAAUCGAACUGCAUCCCAACAUGCCGUCGCCCAAGACGAUCGCCUACUGCAAAGAGAAGGGAAUCCACUGCACGGCAUACUCCUGCUUGGGUUCAACCAACUCACCGUUGGCCCAUGAUAAGACCCUGGCCUCCAUUGCUGAGGCUCACGGCAAGACUCCGCAGCAAGUGCUUCUUCUGUGGAACCUCCAGAGAGGCUGUUCCGUGAUUCCCAAGAGUGUCAACAAGGAGCGGAUCGAGUCCAACUUCCAGCUCGAUGGCUGGGAAUUGACUCCGGAGGAGAUGGACAAGUUGAGCAAUAUCAAGGACAGGUACAAGGUUUGCGGCGAUUCAUGGCUACCCAUUAAGGUCUUCUUCAAUGAGGAAGGCGAUGGUGGUGAUGUCCCUUCCCAUUAG